GCAGCCAGCGGCGGCGGGCGCGCGCCGUCAUUCCGACACAUUGAUCCCGGUGACGGACGCGCCGCGGACAUGAACCCGGCGAAACUCCGCCUCAGCUCCGGGGUCGCGCCUCCACACUCGGCUCACAGCAGCGGGGCAGCGCUCCCGGUCCGCAAAGUGCAGCUGUUAACGCCACGUCGACUAAAACAAACAAACUAAGGCUCAAACACUUGUUUGUCUCUAUCGCACCGGCAGCAGCUUUUCUUUUUGUCUCGUUUGCCGCCGUGAGCCAUGCUGGACCCGUCCUCCAGCGAAGACACCGGCGGGGAGUCCGACCCAGAAGUUGUGGAGGAGGCUGCGAGGAAACCUGCCUCCUUGUCGGGGAAACGGGCGAACAGCAGCCGGGCGGGCGGCCAGCAGAGAGAGUCAGCCGCACCUGGAGGCGCCGCCGCUAAGGGUGCGAGAGACGGCGCCGAUGCAGGUGAAGAUGAGGAGAGGAAGGAGCGGGAGCGGAUCCAGAGGGAGGAAGAGGAGAGGAAAACUAAACUGCAAAUUUAUGUGUUCGUCCUGCGGUGCAUAGCCUACCCGUUCAACGCCAAGCAGCCCACCGACAUGGCCCGGCGGCAGCAGAAGGUGAACAAGCAGCAGCUGCAGGCGGUGAAGGAGCGAUUCCUGGCCUUCCUCAACGGAGAGACUCAGAUUGUGGCAGAUGAAGCUUUCUGCAACGCUGUGAGGAGCUACUAUGAGGGCUUCCUGAAGAGUGAGCGCGUUUCCCGGAUGGUUCAGAGCGGAGGCUGCUCGGCCAACGACUUCCGCGAAGUCUUCAAGAAGAACAUUGAGCGACGCAUUCGUAGCCUCCCAGAGAUCGACGGCUUGAGCAAAGAGACAGUGCUGAGCUCCUGGAUUGCUAAGUAUGAUGCCAUUUACAGGGGGGAGGAGGACAUGCGGCGUCAGACACAGAGGGCACACCUUAGUGCCGUGUCGGAGCUCAUCCUAAGUAAGGAGCAACUCUACGAAAUGUUCCAGCAGAUCCUUGGCAUCCGAAAGUUCGAGCACCAGCUGCUCUAUAAUGCCUGCCAGCUGGACAACGUAGAUGAGCAGGCAGCUCAAAUCCGUAGAGAGCUGGACGGCAGGCUACAACUGGCCGAGAAGAUUGCCAGGGAGAAGAAAUACCCAAAGUUCAUCUCCGCUGACAUGGAGGCUCUGUACAUGGAGGAGCUGCGUUCUUCAGUCAACCUGCUGAUGGCAAAUCUGGAGAGUCUGCCGGUGUCUAAAGGAGGACCCGACUUCAAACAGAAGCUCAAACGCUCCCCUCUGAACAACUCCUUCCUGGACAUCGGAGACGAGGGAGACAUCCUCUCCAAAUCUGACGUUGUGCUGUCCUUCACUCUGGAGAUUGUGAUCGUGGAGGUUCAGGGUCUGAAGUCCGUUGCUCCGAACCGGAUCGUUUACUGCACCAUGGAGGUGGAGGGAGGAGAGAAGCUGCAGACGGACCAAGCUGAAGCUGCCAGACCACAGUGGGAGACUCAGGGGGAUUUCACCACAACUCACCCACUGCCCUCGGUCAAAGUAAAGCUGUUCACAGAGAGCACCGGUGUGCUGGCUCUAGACGACAAGGAGCUGGGCCGGGUGGUCCUGAACCCAACCACCAACGGACCAAAGCAGGCCGAGUUCCACCGAAUGGUCGUCGCCAAGAACAGUCAGGACACGGAGCUGAAGAUCAAACUGGCUGUCCGCAUGGACAAACCCCCAAACAUGAAGCACAGUGGGUAUCUGUAUACUCUGGGACAGAGAGUCUGGAAACGCUGGAAAAAAAGAUAUUUUGUUCUUGUUCAGGUGAGUCAGUACACAUUCGCCAUGUGCAGCUACCGAGAGAAGAAGGCUGAACCUCAGGAGCUGAUGCAGCUGGAGGGCUACACAGUGGAUUACUGUGACCCUCAGCCAGGUCUGCAGGGUGGUCGGGUGUUUUUUAAUGCAGUGAAGGAGGGCGACCUGGUGAUGUUUGCCUGUGACGAUGAGCCGGACCGGGUGCUGUGGGUCCAGGCCAUGUACCGGGCCACCGGACAGUCCUACAAACCAGUCCCACCGCUGCAGAACAAAACCACAAACUGCAGAGGAGGAAUUCAGAAGCCAGCCUCUCCCAUCAGUCUGGAUCCGUCUCAGCGCCAGGGAGUGGAGGAGUUGAUCUCUGCAGCUCCGUGUCGCCUUGACCACGCCGCCCUGUUCAGCAUUUUACAGAAACACACUCUGCAGCACCGCAUGAACGACUCCUUCUCAUGCCUGGGUUGGUUCAGUCCUGGUCAGGUGUUCGUCCUGGAUGAGUACUGUGCACGGUACGGCGUCCGAGGCUGCCACCGCCACCUGAGCUACCUGAAGGGUCUGAUGGAUUAUUCAGAGAACAACGCAUUGGUCGACCCCACGCUGCUGCAUUACAGCUACGCCUUCUGCGUCUCCCACGUGCACGGAAACAGGCCUGAUGGGAUGGGGACAGUGACCGCGGAGGAGAAGGAACAGUUUGAGGCCAUCAGGAGUCGUCUGAUGGCGCUGCUGGACAACCAGAUCACACAUUUUAGGUACUGCUUUCCCUUUGGGCGACCAGAUGGGGCCCUGAAGGCAACGCUCUCCCUGCAGGAACGGGUUUUGAUGAAGGACAUCACUACGCCUGUCCCUCCUGUGGACAUGAAGAAUCUCGUGCAGAGGUGCCUGGAAAAAGCAGCUCGGAUCAAUUACAGUCAGCUGAUGGAAUAUGCUCAGAUCAAGGAGGAUUCUCAGGCAGCUCCAGAGAAAAGACUGGAGGACAUGAUGAGACUUGGGGAGCUCUGCAUUGAUGUCCUGCAGCAGAACGAUGAACAUCACUCUGAGGCUUUUUCGUGGUGGCCGGAGCUGAUGGCUGAACAUGCAGAAAGCUUUCUGUCUCUGUACAGAGCCGAUAUGGACGGUGCUCUUCAGGUGCAGCCUGUCGACUCCUGGGACAGUUUCCCACUAUUUCAGCUCCUCAACAACUUCCUGAGAACUGACCCUCACCUGUGUAACGGGACGUUCCACAAACACCUGCAGGACCUGUUCGUCCCCCUGGUGGUGCGCUACAUCGACCUGAUGGAGUCGUCCAUCGCCCAGUCCAUCCACCGCGGCUUCGAGCAGGAAACCUGGCAGUCGGUCAAGUCCUUAACAAACAAUUUAGCGAAUGUUCCUCUUCCCAAAGUCCCCAGCCUUCCACUAACGCUGCCACAGAUGCCCAGUUUCUCAGCACCGGCCUGGAUGGGACCGCUGUGUGAAAACACUAAUGGUUCCGCCACCUCAGAGGAUUUGUUCUGGAAGCUGGAUGCUCUACAGAUGUUCGUGCUGGACCUCCAUUGGCCAGAGCCAGAGUUUGCCAAACAUCUGGAGCAGAGACUCAAACUGAUGGCCAGCGACAUGAUGGAGGCCUGCGUCAAGAGAACAAAAUCAGCGUUUGAUGCCAAAAUGCAAAAAGCGAGUAAGUCCACAGACUUCCGGGUGCCGCUGUCAGUCUGCACCAUGUUCAAUGUGCUGAUGGACGCCAAGAAGCAAUGCUCCAAACUCUGUGUGCUGGAUACUGGUCAGGAGCAACAGUACCACUCCAAAAUCGAUGUCCUGAUUGACGAGUCGUUCAAAGAAAUGAUUUCCUCCCUCAUCUCAAAGUUUGCCGGUGUUUUAGACGGCGCUCUCUCCAAGCUCUCGAGAUAUGAUGAAGGGACGUUCUUCUCCUCAUUCCUGUCUUUCACAGUGAAAGCUGCUGCCAAGUAUGUGGAAGUCCCUAAACCUGGGAUGGAUCUGGCCGACACCUACAUCACCUUCAUACGGCAGAACCAGGACAUCCUCCGAGACCGCGUCAAUGACGAGGUCUACGUCGAGGAUGUUUUUGAUCAAUGGUACACCGGCUCCAUGAAGGCUGUGUGUGUUUGGCUGACUGAUAGACUGGACCUGCAGCUCCACACAUACCAGCUGAAAACCCUCAUCAAGAUUGUGAAGAAGACCUACCGUGACUUCAGGCUGCAGGGGGUCCUGGACGGCACACUGAACAACAAGAGCUACGAGACCGUCUACAACCGACUGACAGUGGAGGAAGCCACAGCGGCCGUCAAGGCGGGCGAUGGCCUGCAGGGCAUCAGCAUGCGAGACAGCGACGAGGAGGACGACUAAAUACACACACACGCUCCCUUCACACACCUUGUUACUACUUGAUUGUCAUCCUCUCCAUUACAGAUCAGGAGCUUCUGUCACAGUUAAUGACUUCCUCCGCUUUCACUAAACAAUUUUACUUAAAAACUAAAACCACAGUCAACAAAUAUGGUUUAAUACUGAUGUAACUGAAAUAGAUUGCUGCUGGACAAAUUAGCUGUGCAUUUCAUUAACAACAGAACAGGUAAUGCUGAAGUUAGCUUGCUAUGUUGUGGAUGCAUAUUCUCCACUGAGCACCACCUCAGUCAACCAUAUUGGAUGAAUGCUAAAACUGAAAGUAAAGACUGCAAAUAUUUAAAAGAUUUAACAGAUUUUUAUGUUAAGAUUGAGAAAUACGUGAUAAUAAGUGAAAAUAAAUUACUGGCUACUGAAACUGAAGACUAUAAAGCUGACCCUAAAUUUAACAAACACUUUAAAAUAACACAAAGUAUAAAUAUGCUAAAAACCACAAUGCUGUAUUUUUAACAACAGGGACUGCACAUGCUAACAACUUUUAGCUAAGAUUGUUUGACUGUCAUUAGAAAAUAUUUUGCUAAAAAAAUAUAUUUUCUCCACAGAAUUUGACUGUAGUUCAGUCAAAUAUACCAGAAGAGCCGAUACUUCCACCACAGUCAACAAAUAUAAUUGAAAAAGAUUAAGAAAAUGGACAGAAAUAGAGAACUGACUGCAAAACUAACCUCACUGUUUAUGGCAAGAUAAGUCAGGAUAAUGUUAACUAGUAAUACUUGUUGUUGUUGAUUGUAUUGUAAAUCUGAUGAAGAAGCCUGGUUAAUUAAAAACCUUGCUUCCACUUUUUGAAUACAAGGUGAAGCUCUGUGUAUAGUUGCACAUGUGCAGUAGAGGUUAAUAAUCGUGACUGAAGACCUGAUCAGUUGAGGAGGAUCGCUCAGGUAGUGACACACCCCCUUUUUCUCAGCCUGUCACAUGCUCAUCGCCCAGAUGCUGCUGUGCAUACGUGUUGAAACGUACAUGAGUCUGAAUGUACGACUAAAAGUAAGUCAAGGUGAGGCAUCUGAAAGACACUUGAAGGUUGAGACAAACCUCGUGCUCUCACCUACAGGACAGGACGCCUCGCCUCGCCUUCCUUCAUGUGCAGCCAUACUCUGAUUGAUGUCACUUUUUACAGUAGAGCGCAGCGAACGCCUAUUUUGUUUUCCUUCAGUUAUUGUAGCUUAUUGCUCAAGACUUAAAAGGCUAUGGCAGCUCUUAAACGCUAGAGUCCCAGCAAACUUGCCUUUUUCUGUCAUAUUCCUGAACACCAACAGCUGCAAAAUCCACUAAAGAGAUUUAUUUUUAUUUGAGAGAAAGCUUUGAAUUGUAAGGUUCUAUCUAACUGUUUUAUCAAACCUUGGUUUUCCACUUUCAUUCCCCUCAGUAGUAAAACAACAGCAGUGUCAUUCAAGCAGAACAACCUUACAGUUUCUUAACAAGCAACCCAUUUUAUUUGUACAAAUAGUGACUGUUGUUUCUGAUAAGCCAAAGCAGAAGUAGCGUGACAUUAUUACAGCACCUCAAUACUUGAGUCUGUUGUGGAUUGUAAGGUCAACAAAGCUGUUAUCAUCCUUGACUGUUUGAAACAAAUGUUGACCGACAGUUCAAUCUUAGUUGUGUCUAUCCAUGAUCACGUCCUUCUCUAACCUUAUACAGGAAUUCCACUUUAAUUGACUAAAUUCAAUCAAACCUUAAGAAAACACUUGUGGGUUGUUUCAGAAUGGAUGAACAACAUACUGAUGAUUUAGUUCUUCUGUGAACUGUACCUUGUCAUUGUCUUGGGGUGCUGCUAGAGGAAAGGCCAUUGGAAGAAAGUUCAAUUAAUUUUGAACAUGGCCAGAAAAUGUAAUGGAAAUUGUCCCCAUAGAUUGGAUUACAUUUGAUGUGUAAAGGUGAGAUGGUUUACCCAGUGGUGGUGAAGGUCAGGAGGUCAUUAGGAUUCUUCCUCUAGAGAUUUGUUUGUUUGUGGUUUUUAAGUCUCAGUCAAGACCAAUAUCACAGUUCUUUGCCCCACAGUUGUCCACCUGCACUAUUUUCCUUUACAUUCAUGUUGGACUAAUCAACAGCACAGAAACUAUUUCCCAGUGUUGCAAAAAGCAUGGUCAAGGUGAUCACUUCUGGAGACUGGUUUCCAUCCCAUUACAAACCAAACAAUUGAUCUUAGUAUUUGUUAAUCUUCACCUUGUACUUUCCUUCAAUCUUGUCCAAACCUUAAAGACUAAUUAGUUCGCCUUGGAGGUUUUUGUCCAUCAUUUCUAUCAACAUUGUUGUCACCAAAGCCCCUUUUCCACUGGUCAAACACCCACUACCACCACUAAUAUCUGGCUUUUGUCUACAAUGGGAAUGGAUUCAAUCUGCAUUCCCUCCCAGGUAAAUUGACUACUGGUUUUAAUUGGCUCUGGCUCCAAUCGAUAGUGAUGGAAAUGUGAGACCUACGUCAAUGAGUUACUGUCAAACCUGAUGCAAAUAUGUAAACUGGCAAUGAGAAAAGAGUUAAUCGCCUUUUUCUAGCGGGCUUAACUGCAUUAAUAAACGUGUAUACCUGUUUGCUUGACGUAGAAGAAGUUUGAGUUCACUUCUGAGAUCUGAGAAAACAGUGACAUCUCCAAAAAGAGGGUUAUGAUCGAAAUUGCACAGGAAAUCUGAAUUCAAAGGAUUGUUGAAAUUGGCUCUACUACAGUACUUAAAAUGUUUCAAAGGACAGUUUGAAUUUGAGUCAUGAUUUUGCCAUUAGCGUUUUUUUGCCUGGAAGUUUGUUUCUAUUGUCUCUCGUCUGAUUGUCUGACUCCUCAUGUUUCUCUACCAGUUGGACUUUGCUGUUACAGUAACUGAUGCCAAACCUUGAAAAACAUGACCCACAUUGUACUUAGAAUUAUCAUUUAACCACACCUUAACUAUUGUGUAUUUAACACAACCUUUCCUUAACCUUAACCAUAUUGUAGUUGCCAGGUGUUGUGAUGUUGUCAUAAUGGAAAAUAAUUAUUAUUUAACUUUCAAAAACUUUGACAUUGACCGAAUCAAGGAUUUUGCACAAUUAUUAUGUUUGAUAUGAAAAUUUUGUCUGGCAGUAGGGUUUAGCCUUCAGGUCAAAAACUGUACUUAUCUGAAUGUUUUUGAUAAUUAGUGUCUAGAUCUGCAGACAAAUUCGUACAGGUCCAAGCUAAUGAAAUGUUGCUGUACUGCUGUAGUUUCUCAAUCUGAACUUUAUGUAGCUAACAAUAUUCCCACUGCUAAAUAAGGACUGGUGGUCUCAGGUAGUAAAAGAUGCAAAAAAAUACAAAAAUGUCUAAAGGUCUUUAAAAGAGAAACAGAAUCCACGCAGGUGUUCACAAAAACACAUGGUGUCAGUCUCACAAGAAGCUCUUUUAAGGUGUUGGAACUGAAAGUAAAAGUGGGGAAUCAUUUUUCAGUAACACAAUUGUUGCUGUAGCUGCAGUUCUGCUGUCAUCUCUGUUCAUUGUGAUAUUUACUGUUGUGAAGAAUUAUAUUGAGCUGUAGAGUGGUAUGGUCGUACUGCCUGUACUUCAUAUCCAAUGUCGAUCAAAGUCUUAGAAACAUGCUUAUGAACUGAAAAGGUCUGGACUUUUUUGAACAGGAUCAUCGUGGGAGAACAUGGAUCUGUUUUUCUGAUCACUGUCUUUAAUCUGAGCAGCUGUGAGUGGACAGAGUGUCUCAUCACUGCUGCCUCUUCAUUGGCUACCGUCUGUUUGCGUGUGGUGUCAGUGUAGGCCUCAGAUCAACUGUGUGCAGCAACCUGACGUCUGUUUUAGCCGUCCGAUCCAGUUUGUAUCCGUGCAGUUCAAAAGGCCAAAAACUAAAGGACAAAAAUCUAUUGAAGAAGUAUAUUUAUAUUGUCUUAUUGUGCACCUGUUUUGUUCAGGUGUCUUAUCUAAGUGUCACUAUUAAAAGUGUUUUUAAAGCAA